AUGGGCAAUUGUCACACGGUGGGGCCCAACGAGGCGCUGGUGGUUUCAGGGGGCUGUUGUGGUUCCGACUAUAAACAGUAUGUGUUUGGCGGCUGGGCCUGGGCCUGGUGGUGUAUCUCCGACACUCAGAGGAUUUCCCUAGAGAUUAUGACGUUGCAGCCCCGCUGUGAGGACGUAGAGACGGCCGAGGGGGUAGCUUUAACUGUGACGGGUGUCGCCCAGGUGAAGAUCAUGACCGAGAAAGAGCUCCUGGCCGUGGCCUGUGAGCAGUUCCUGGGCAAGAGCGUGCAAGACAUCAAGAACGUCGUCCUGCAGACUCUGGAGGGACACCUGCGCUCCAUCCUCGGGACCCUGACGGUGGAGCAGAUUUAUCAGGACCGGGACCAGUUUGCCAAGCUGGUGCGGGAGGUGGCAGCCCCUGACGUCGGCCGCAUGGGCAUCGAGAUCCUCAGCUUCACCAUUAAGGAUGUGUAUGACAAAGUGGACUAUCUGAGCUCCCUGGGCAAGACACAGACGGCUGUGGUCCAGAGAGAUGCCGACAUCGGGGUAGCUGAGGCCGAGCGGGACGCAGGCAUCCGGGAAGCCGAGUGCAAGAAGGAGAUGCUGGAUGUGAAGUUCAUGGCAGACACCAAGAUCGCCGACUCCAAGCGAGCCUUUGAGCUGCAGAAGUCAGCCUUCAGCGAGGAGGUCAACAUCAAGACGGCUGAGGCCCAGCUGGCUUACGAGCUGCAAGGGGCACGCGAGCAGCAGAAGAUCCGGCAGGAGGAGAUUGAGAUCGAGGUUGUGCAGCGCAAGAAGCAGAUUGCUGUGGAGGCGCAGGAGAUCCUGCGCACAGACAAGGAGCUCAUCGCCACGGUGCGCUGCCCCGCCGAGGCUGAGGCCCACCGCAUACAGCAGAUCGCCGAGGGCGAGAAGGUGAAGCAGGUCCUCCUGGCUCAGGCAGAAGCAGAGAAGAUCCGCAAAAUCGGGGAGGCAGAGGCAGCAGUCAUUGAGGCGAGGGGCAAGGCAGAGGCCGAGCGGAUGAAACUUAAGGCUGAGGCCUACCAGAAAUACGGAGACGCAGCCAAGAUGGCCUUGGUGUUGGACGCCCUGCCCCGGAUUGCUGCCAAAAUUGCUGCCCCACUGACCAAAGUCGAUGAGAUUGUGGUCCUCAGUGGGGACAACAGCAAGGUGACGUCAGAAGUGAACCGCUUGCUGGCCGAGCUGCCCGCCUCUGUGCACGCCCUGACGGGUGUGGACCUGUCUAAGAUACCGCUGAUCAAGAAGGCCACCGGUGCACAGGUGUGA